AUGAGCCAGUUGGUCGUCAGGCCAGGACGCAAUGCCGCCCGACAGGCCAAAAAGCUCAAGGAGAUUCGGAAAGUCAAGAACGCAAUUACCUGGCACGAGCGGGAACGCAAGAAGCGACAGGAACUCAAACAGGAACGAUGGGAUUCCAAGCAAGCCGUUAUCCAACGUAUAAUGUGGGAGCAUGAGCACGUCAAGGGUGUUAGGAAACAGGCCUUGGCCAAUGCAAAGGAAGACUGGAAGCUUGGUCCCUUGAGGCCAAAUCGCGCCAUUGGCCCCGACGCUGAGAAAUAUGGUGCCCUCAAGGCUGCCCAGAUCCAGAAGCCCGAGAUACCUGUCAAGACCCAGAAAAACCGAAAUGCUGUCAGGGAGAAGAAGGGCCUGGAAUUGGAGUAUCCGCUAGUCGUCGACGAUAAGAAAUACUUCCCGAUUGUAAAGGAUGAUCGUGUCGUGAUAUUGAAGGGGAAGGACGCGGGUAAAAUUGGUACUGUGCAAGAGCUCGUUCCGAGAACACACGAGGUUGUCGUUAAAGACAUGAACAUGCAAUAUUUUGACACCGCCGUGUUCAACGCCGCUGCCGAAGGCAUGGGGCCUAAGAUAGAGAAUGCUUUGCCUAUGCCUCUUGAUAACGUACGCCUGGUGGUACCUGCCGAGAUACAGAAAGGAGGCAAAAAGUGCUUCGAGGAUGUUGUGGUCGAGAAGAUCUUCAUGGAGCGACAUACAACCGGCAUUGACCCCUACACUGGCACCGAUUACGGCGACAGCGAGAUCCCGGAAGCACAUCAAUAUGAUCCUCGAACUGGUCUCCCCAUAUUCCACCGAUACAUUGCAGGCACACGGCAACGACUUGAAUGGCCAUGGGAACGUGAAGAAGAGAUCAAAGAUAUCGAUAUCACGAAAGAGUCAGAGACGGACAAGCAAACAUGGCUCAGAAAAACCAUAGCCAGCAUAAGCCAGCCGCUCACCAGUUUGAGUCGCUGGCGAAGCAAGAACAACGAGGACCGAGCUCAACAGGACGCAUCGAAGGACCUGGCAACUGGUAGCAUUGAAGAGAAGUUUUCUGAGAUUCAGAGGAUGGAGCAAGAUAGAUUCAAGGCUGCGACCCCAAGAAGCAUGGAUCCCAACUAUCCCGGAGCCUAUGACGUUGAUACAACGCGCAAUAUCGUUGAGGGAUCAGAGUCCAUGGCUUAUACGCUCGUUGCACCACCUUUCCCCGACACACUUGGUGAAGAACUCCGCGGCGAUAUUCACGAAUUCUCCAUCAAAUCAAAGAAGGAAAAGGGCCCUGAUGCACCGCGCCCUAUCAAGAUUGCAAGACACUCUGAGCAGGGUGUGCUUGCACGGGAGAUUGCAAAGCAACAGCAGAGAGCUGCGGACGCAAUGAAGACACCCAUGCAACUGAGGUGGGAGCUCGAACAUCAGAAGAAGGUGCAGAGCCAGAAGGAGAAGCCACUCGUGGACCAAGAAAGCUUGCUGGCGGCGUUGGGUCAGCACAUGCAGAAGAGUGCUACAAAGCCGUAUCUGGGAAAGAAGCAGAUUUCCAGUCAAACAGCCGAUCUCGAUUAG